AUGUCGGAGUCAACGCCAGAGCUGGGAAAACCUCAGUUCGCGUCGCACUCAUGGCUCGAGCCACUGGUCGUCGUGAGCAUUAUGGUUGGCUCAUUGGUACUUAAUCGACGCAAGAACUACAGCAUCUUCGGAGGCAACAAGUCACAGAGUGACUACUUCAACCCUGAACAUAAUAAUGGCCGCGACUCUUCACCCCCUUGCCCGCAGAGGCCGGAGAAAUUUUGCGGCAUCCCUAUUCAAACCCCAGACUCGUCUCGCUGGGCGAAGCACAUCCACAGCCGGAUUCUGUGGAAAUACCCUUUCUUAAUCGAAAUGUUCUACUGGGCCGUUAAUUAUCUCUUCUAUUCCGUCACAAAGGCCAUGUCCCAGUGGUUGUUGCCCGCCCAGAUCGAGGUCGUGCAGGUUGCCCAACAACACGGCGAAGAUAUUCUUUGGUUCGAGCAUGAAUCUAUCUUUCGUUGGAUGUUCCCCAUCCAGGAGUCGGCAUUUCUCGGCUGGUUCUACCACGAAGCCCCCGAUGCCAACACAUUCGCCAUCGCCCGCCGCACCAUGACCCUGGGCAACUUCCUCGCCUUCGCAACCUUCUGCGUCUACCCCUGCAUGCCACCCCGCCUCCUCCCCGAAUCCUACGGCUUCUUCGACACUGUCCGACAAGAUCAUGCGGAAAGUGUUUGGGUGAACAGCAAAUCCGUCAACCAGUUCGCCGCCAUGCCAAGUCUUCACUUCACCUACGCGUUCUGCAUCAGCAGCACCUUUCUCUACCAUUCCGGAAUCCUCCACCGUCUCCGCGGGAAACGUGUGCGUAGAUCGCCCGUCUCCCAGAUCAUCUAUAGUGUACUCGCCGUGCUGUAUGCCGUGUUAGUACUCAGCGUUAUCGUCGCAACCGCCAAUCACUAUUGGCUAGACGCUGUCCUCGCGAUGGUGUCGGUCACUGCGUGUUUCUUUGGGAACCGUAUCCUACUGCUCCUUUUGCCAGUGGAGUACUGGAUUUGCUGGGCUUUGCGGAUCGCGAAGCCGACCCCCAAUAUUGGCAAGCAGGAUGAUUGGAGGGAGGCUGAGUCGCCUCGUUACCGGCCCGUCUCGAAUUAUGAUAUAGAGGUAUAG